GUUAUACUUGUGUAUGCAUUGAUUUUAAAUACGAGUACCACUUCAAUAUACCCAAGUAAAACAGGUCCGCUUUAAAACCCGAUGUAGAGCGUUAGAAGGGAGGUCGGAAAUUAGGCCAGACUGUGACGUGGCGCGCCAGAGGUCGAUAUGCGUGCACUGCGGCCAGGUAAUAUCUAGUUCAUACUAGUCGACAACGGACCAAAUUCGCUUAAAGCCGAUACCAUUGUAUAUAUAGGCCAAAUACUGUGUCAAUUCAAUAGAUAAACUCUUUGGUAUUUCAACUGUUGAACGGUCAAUAGUGUAUUGUGCUUGGCGUGUGAUCAAAGAAUAGAAGUAUAUAGUUUUCAGGUUAUGAAUUUCAUUUCUUAUCUUGGCGUUGUUUGAUAAAGUGAUUAUGACAGACGAAAGCGAAAGUGUUAUAUAUAUUAACUCUAGGAUUAAACCUUGCUGUUUUUAGAGAAACUUGAAGAAGAAAAACUCGGAUCUUUUUUGGAUUGAUUAAUUAUAUUGUGUAUUAAUAAUAUUUACAAGUGUAUUAUGAGGAGUGAACGGCAGAUAUCUCGGGACCCUACAGAAAGUGCAUUAACAAUAAGGAACAAUAUACGGGAGCCGACGAUGAACGCAGGAAUGGUGAAAAUGGAGGGUGGUGUCGUCGGAUUGAACAUAAAUGUAGCCGCCGACCGCUUCCUCGUCGGCACCAUGAACGUCAUGCAAGAAAAUGAUUGCCUCAACCGGGACUCGAAGAUCACCGAGGAUAGCCGUUGUGUUAGCGGCGGCUCUAUGGAAAAGGAGGAGUUGGGCGACGGCCGCUUUGACCAUCUGGUGUCUACGAACGUCAAUCUACCGUACCUACAUUUCGCACUUCAGGAUGCCGCUAAACAGCUCACUGCACAGAACAUUCCUGUCCAAUCUGUUAGCGUCGACGAACCGCCGUGUAAAAAGCCUCGCCCGAAAUACAAGCCUUCACGCCCGCCGCUACUUCCGCCCUGCCGCGUGUGUGGUGACCGAGCUUCCGGUUUUCAUUACGGCGUCAAUACGUGCGAGGCAUGCAAGGGCUUCUUCCGGCGCAGCAUAUGUAAGACGGAGCCCUACGCGUGCAGUAGUUCCCAGAACUGUCUGCUGGUACCCGGCAAGCGGACGGCCUGCUCCUACUGCCGUUUUCAGCGUUGCCUGGAAGUGGGCAUGUCCAAGGGCGCUAUCAAGACCGGCCGCUACACGCACGAACUCCGCUCAAAGAACAUCAUCGAAGUCAAGCGUCUGGAAAAGCAGAACAGCGGUGAGGCGUUUGAUGAGAGCACACAUCGCAACCCCUGCUUGGUCCCGGUGCGACAGGCGACCACCGAAAGUCAUGACAACGACCAAUCGCUACAAACUGUCCUCCUGGAGGAAACAUUAACUGUCCUCGUGUCAGCGCAAAAACACUUGUUUGAGUACUUGGAUGACUACUACCGCGAAGAGCUGAUGUUGAAGAGACAACAAGACGUCUUUAGGAAAUAUGUUGAAAAGAAAUGUCAGUCUCCUGGUGCCGCGGAAAGACUUCCCCUGAUCAGUGUGAAAACUGAGUCUGCAGACGACGGCCACCGUCGUCCCUCAUCCUCACCGGGUUGGCACGGCCUUGACAAUUGUCGGCCAAACUUACCCGAGGGGGGUUCUUCUUCUGCCGGUCGCCAUCGGUCCAGCAUCUUGAAUGGACUACUUACACAGAGGAAUCUUGCACAAACACUGACUAAUGGUGUACACGAGUUAAAAAUAGGCAAUACAAGAAAUCCCCACAGUCAGAAUCCAAGUGAUCUAGAUUUUGGCGAGUUUAAAAGUGACGCGAGUACAGGCACGUGGCAUAAACCUUCGCGACACAACAAUGAACACGAACGUCACGUGCAGGCGACAGCUGCCCCGGUAUCUCCCGCGCGCCAGGAGCGGACGAAGGCUGACGUGAUGUGUCAGGUGCUCAAGGAUAUGGAGCAGGGCGUCCAGGGAAUGCUCGCCUUCGCAAAGAGCUUGCCGGGAUUUAAGGAUCUGAGCAGGGAGGACCAGGCGGCUCUCCUCAAAGCUUCGCGGUUCGACAUUUGGUACAUAGGACACAUUCGCUGUUUUAACGUCGACCUGAAGGUGGGGGCAUGUGAGUGGGAAUUCCACGCGGAAGAGCUGGCACAGGUGUGGGGCGCGGACCUGGUGGAGCUGGCGUUCAAGCUUUCAAGACAGGGCCUCACUCUGCAGCUUACUAAGGAGGAGACCGCCGCCUUCCGCGCCGUCUGCCUCACUUUCUCAGACCGUUGCCCGACGUUGCAGGCGCGCGCUCGGGUUGACCAAAUGCACGCGCUCAUGUGGGACGUGUUACGUCAGGCGGUGAGCAGACGACACGGGCAGUACAACAGGUGGUUCAGUCAGGCCAUCAGCUUUCUCAUGCUGCUUAGAGAGUUCGGGAUUAAGUUCGAAAAAGUUUCUAGCGAGGUUCAACUUGACUGGUCAGUGCUUGCGGAAAACCCGCUCCUCCUCUCGGUAUUCCUCAGCUGAUGGACGCCGCCCGCCGGAACUCAGGAAACGCUCAACUUAACUGUACAUAAUGUCGUUCAGGGUCCAUUUAUGAUCACCAAUGGGCAUGUUUUAGCGAGGUCCGUGCUAGCGGUCAGACCGCACCUCUGUGUGUUCCUCAGUUGACAGACGCUGCCCGCCGGAGCUCAGGAAAUGCUCAACAUGUGAGGUAUCAAUGUACUAUCAUCAAUGGACCGUACAUUGGAUGUAACAUGUUCAAGUGCAAUUGCUCAACUUGACUUUGUAUAGAAACUACUAUUUGUGGUACUAGUCAUACAAAGGGACUCAUGAAUGCUUUUUAAUAACGAAUCCCUUUUUGUGAUUAUAUAUUUAUUUUAACUGAAUGAAAAACAGUGAAAAAAUCGGAAAUGUGAAUGUUCUUUUGAUAAAAUACUGUGAUAUUAUUUGAAACGAAAGAUCGAAAUUUAUGUUAACAAUUUUUCAUAUCUAUAUAUAUCUCAUAUGUAUGUAGCUUAAAUGUCCGUGAACGAAAAUUUCAGAACUAAGAUAAAGUCAUGAAUUUAAUCCAUAAAGGUCUUGGAGUAUACACGAAUUGUUCUACUAAGGAGUGCUUACAGUUUGAAGUCAAACAACUAUAGAUUGCAUUCCGUACACUCAGCUACCGCACGAAACAUGAUAUCUAAUAUCAUGAUCUUAUAUGACACUGAUAUUACAAACGGAGUGGUUUAUGCUCGAGUGGUGCACCCUUACCCCACAUAUGUGCUAGAGUGGUGCAGCCUUACCCCACAUAUAAGCUAGAGUGGUGCAGCCUUACCCCACAUAUGUGCUAGAGUGGUGCAGCCUUAUCCCACAUAUAUGCUCGAGUGGUGCAGCCUUACCCCACAUAUGUGCUAGAGUGGUGCAGCCUUAUCCCACAUAUAUGCUCGAGUGGUGCAGCCUUACCCCACAUAUGUGCUAGAGUGGUGCAGCCUUAUCCCACAUAUGUGCUAGAGUGGUGCAGCCUUAUCCCACAUAUGUGCUAGAGUGGUGCAGCUUUACCCCACAUAUGUGCUAAAGUGGUGCAGCCUUAUCCCACAUAUAUGCUCGAGUGGUGCAGCCUUAUCCCACAUAUAUGCUAGAAUGGUGCAGCCUUAUCCCACAUAUAUGCUCGAGUGGUGCAGGCUUACCCCACAUAUGUGCUAGAGUGGGGCAGCCUUACCCCACAGGUGCUCGAGUGGUGCAGCCUUAUCCCACAUGUGCUCGAGUGGUGCAGCCUAAAACCGCACAUGUGCAUGAGUGGUACAGCCUUACCCCGCAUAUGUUCUUGAGUGGUGCAGCCUUACUCCGCCUAUGUGUUCGAGUGGUACAGCCUUACCCAACCCAUGUUCGAGUGGUGCAGAUUUACCCCACUAAUGUUCUUAGGUGGGUUUACCCAACCCAUGUGCGAGUGGUCUGCCUCUUGUACAAGGCUGCUCAUUAAAUGUAGUAGCAUUGUUUCAAAAGCACAAAAAAACAACAUAUUGUUAUGGUAUAGUAGUUAUUUGUUAUUGUUGUUAACAAUUAUUUGUAAUUGUUGUUUUGUCAAUAAAAUGUGAACG